AUAAUAAUCACAGCCAACCAAUAUACCUAAGAACAACCUCCUCACUACAAUUUUCUCUCUGCUCUCUGAGUUUUUCGCUGCCAUUUUCCCACAAAAAACUCCCCUUCCGAAAACCUCUUCUGAUCAUUCUCUCCGCAGCUUCUUGAACCCUUAAAAAAUCAGUCUUUUACUUUGAUUCCAUCCAAAUUUUUUCUUUUCUUCAUUCAAAUCUGCACAUACCGCAUGUCAUAAGAAGAUGAAUUCAUUCUCUGUUACGCGGAAGAAAACUCCUUUUCAGAAGCAUAGAGAGGAAGAAGAAGCAAAGAAAAAGAGAGCAGAGGAUGAAACUGCACGACUGUAUGCUGAGUUCUUGGAGUCAUUUCAGAGUGAUAGCACUCCUGGAUCGAAGACCUUUGUUAGAGGAGGAACGAUUAAUCCCAAUGAUAAACUGAAGAAUGAUUCUGAAGGAGGAACUUCCAGAGAUGGGGCAUCUGUUCCAAAGAAGGGUAGUAGGUACGUUCCUUCUUUCUUACCACCUCCGACCAGAGCAAAAGAACCUGAGAGAAAGGAAGAGGAGAAACCAAAGGAGAAAGAGAAGGGAAAGUCUAGGAACAUCGAUCAUUUUAUGGAAGAGCUGAAACUUGAGCAAGAGUUAAGGGAGAAAAGGAACCAAGAGCGUGGUCAAUCACGUGAUGGACGCCAGAUUGAGAACUCUGCUCCACUUAGCCGAUUUGACGAGCUACCCGAUGAUAUUGAUCUUAGCGGGAGGCUUCCUGGAUCAUUUGAUGAUGGGGAUCCACAAACUACAAAUCUAUAUGUUGGAAAUCUUUCACCGCAGGUGGAUGAAAAUUUUCUCCUGAGGACUUUUGGAAGAUUUGGUCCCAUUGCUAGUGUAAAGAUAAUGUGGCCUAGGACGGACGAUGAACGCAAGCGACAAAGAAAUUGUGGUUUCGUAGCUUUUAUGAAUAGAGCUGAUGGACAAGCUGCUAAGGAUGAAAUGCAAGGAGUUGUUGUUUAUGAGUAUGAAUUGAAGAUUGGAUGGGGUAAGUCUGUCUCCCUUCCAGGGCAAGCGUUACCAGCUCCUCCACCUGGGCACAUGGCCAUAAGGAGUAAGGAGGGUGCUACUGUAAUCUUGUCUGGCCCUGAUGGUCCACCAGUAACUUCUGUUACAAAUCAGAGCUCUGAGUUGGUUCUCACCCCUAAUGUACCUGAUAUAACGGUUGUCCCUCCUGAGGAUGAUCACCUUCGCCAUGUGAUUGAUACUAUGGCGUUGUAUGUUCUUGAUGGAGGAUGCUCAUUUGAACAAGCUAUAAUGGAGAGAGGUCGUGGUAAUCCUCUGUUUAAAUUCUUGUUUGAGCUUGGGUCAAAGGAGCACACAUACUACGUUUGGAGACUGUACUCUUUUGCUCAGGGUGAUACUCUUCAAAGGUGGCGAACAGAGCCUUUCAUUAUGAUAACUGGGAGUGGGAGAUGGAUAUCUCCACCUCUGCCUGCAGUCAAGAGCCCUGAGCAUGAGAAAGAAGCCGGUACUACAUUCGCUGCAGGAAGAAGCAGACGUGUGGAACUGGAGAGAACAUUAACCGAUCCACAGAGGGAUGAGUUUGAGGAUAUGCUUCGUGCUUUAACUUUGGAGAGAGGCCAGAUAAAAGAAGCCAUGGGUUUUGCUCUAGAUAAUGCGGAUGCAGCUGGGGAGGUUGUCGAGGUUCUUACUGAAUCUUUGACGCUGAAAGAAACCCACAUACCUACUAAAGUUGCAAGGCUCAUGCUUGUCUCUGAUAUCCUUCAUAACAGUAGCGCUCCUGUAAAAAAUGCUUCUGCAUAUCGUACAAAAUUUGAAGCAACCUUACCUGACAUCAUGGAAAGCUUUAAUGACUUGUACCGUGGUGUAUCCGGAAGGAUGACUGCAGAGGCUCUCAAGGAGAGAGUUCUGAAGGUUCUUCAGGUAUGGGCAGAUUGGUUUCUAUUUUCCGAUGCUUAUGUGAAUGGACUGCGGGCGACUUUCCUUAGAUCUGGGAACUCUGGAGUUACGCUUUUUCAUUCUAUAUCUGGGAAUGCUGAAGAAGCUGAAAAACAGAAGUCCGAGGAUAUGUCCGAAGGGGAUAAGCUCAACCAGGAUGCGGCAUUGGCAAUGGGGAAGGGGGCAGCGACACAGGAAUUACUAAAUCUUCCUUUGCCUGAGCUGGAAAGACGCUGCAGACAUAAUGGAUUAUCACUUGUUGGUGGUCGGGAGAUUAUGGUUGCAAGAUUACUUAGUCUUGAAGAGGCAGAAAAACUACGGGGUUAUGAUCGAGAGGAUGAUAUGAAAUAUGGACAAGUCCCUACAAAAGCAGUUAAAUAUUCUAAGGACGGCAGCAGUUGGAGUGGGGAUAAUGGUGGUCAUAUAGAAACCAAUUUUGGUACGGAACGAGUGAGUUCGUCAGGAUGGAAUCAAUACGAGGAGGAUUCUGUUCAGUCACAAAGAAAAGGUUCUAUACUGUUGUCCUCAGCUCUUGCUAUUCCACAACCGGAAUUAAUUGCUUUUACAAAGAAGGGAAAGGCUGAACCUGUUCUGCCGGAUUCUAAAUGGGCUCGAGAAGAGGAUGGAAGUGACAAUGAAGGCAAAACUCGGGAUCUGGGGUUAAGCUAUUCAUCUUCUGGAAGUGAAAAUGCCGGUGAUGGUCCCAGCAAAGUUAAUGAUGUAGAAGUUUCAACUGAUUUAAGCACUUUGUCCCACCUUGACAGUGUCAUUAAUGAAGAGCAAAGGCAAAAGUUAAGGCGUCUUGAGGUAGCUGUUAUGGAAUACCGUGAGUCGAUUGAAGAGCAAGGGAUCCGGAGUCCUGGGGAAAUUGAGAAAAAAGUGGCUAGUCACAGGCGAAGAUUAAUUUCUGAUUUUGGACUAUUGGGUUCUGAUGCAGAUGUCACUGGAAACACCAGGCAUUCUCCUCAGAUUACCUUGGAAAGAAAAGAUAGGCAAGGUGAUUCCCGUGAAUCUUCAAGGAAACGACAUCGCAGUCAAAGCCCAAGUAGGAGUCCUCAGCGCAAGUCUUUAUCCGCUAGAGACAGGGAUAGAGAGACUGAUCUGGACAGGGAUCGGGAUAGGCACCGUGUUAGAGAAAGAGGUCACGAGCUAGAGACUGAAAGGGUGAGGGAGCGUGAGAGUGGAAGUAGAGAAAGGGAUGAUCCUGACAAGGACAAAGGAAGAGAGAGAGACAGGGGCUGGGACAGAAGGAGAAAAGGGAAAUGAAGAAAACAUGACUUGAGUACACAAUAUAUCUCCUGAAAAUUAAUACUAUGUGGAUAGCCAGAGGGCAUGUAUGUUAGAUGUUGUUGCAUUGAUAAUAAACGUUUCAUGUCAAUUUUGUUAUUUAUGUACGCUGAGCAAUCCCUCAAAAGAGAAGGGAUAAUGGGUUUCAUCCGAAAGAUCUUUUCAGUUCAAGUU